AUGGCAUUGAGCGAAAGUCAGGAGCUUCAACUCAUAGAGAAGGCUGACUUGAGGUUUGUGCUUGCUUCAUCUGAAGACGCAUUGGAACGUAACUUGGACAUAUUUUUCCCCGCUGUUCUGCUGAAAUUAAGCUCGGAACACGCUGCCGUGCGCCAGCUGGUUUUUCAAGUUAUUAAAAAUGUUAUGGGUCGCAUUAGCUCGCUGACAGGCGUGAAAUUGCCCACUGCAAAACUUGUGGCUCAGUCUAAAGAAAAGUCUCACGAGUCACCAGCCGUAGGCCAGUAUAGUCUUUUGUUUGCUGCUCGGGGUGUUGAUCGGAUGGGAGUUGAGGAAAAACGGGAAUUGGUCCCGCAAGUAAUAGCUGGAUUCUCACUUCUUCCUGAAGCACUUCAGCCGCGCAUGUUCAACAUUCUUUGCAAGCUACUCCUGAAUUGGAAAGCUCCUCGAAAGGGUACUUCAGAGGAGGACGCGGUGCGCAAAUUCUUGGACGUGGGAUCUGUCGCUGACAAAAAGUCAAUACUCGAAAAGUUCACCGGGUUUUUCCUUCUAAAUCCUGUGAAAGUAGAUCCGCAAGCAAAUGUGAUUCCUCGGGGCUACAGCUGCCCAGGACUUACUGUGUCUGAGGUUGAGUUUUACACUUAUAGCGCAGGGAUUAGUUUCAGUAGGGAACACCUCUUGGCGUACAAAGAGGCCAUAUUUUGGUUUGUGGUCAGCGGAUUUGUUUUGGACGACCAAUCAAUAAUUGAGUUUCUUACAAUAGUUUCUACCGACUCUUCAGAUCUUUCCAAUCAUGCACUUGCACUUUCUAAACGACUGCGUGUACCUUACGAAGACGCGCUAUUUGUCAACAAUGUCAUUUCUUUGUACAUCGGCGAUACGACCAUUAACAGGCCACCGGCGGGUCCUGCCUUGCAAGAGAAACUGCUUUCAAUCCUAUCCAAUAGCAUCAUUGCCACCAGAGAUUCCAGUCGCGUAUCUUUGAUAUCGUCAAUUGGCCUUAAUUCGUCCCAUUUCAAACUACGCUCGAUGUCUCUUUCCUUUGUUCAACACGUUGCUAAAUACAAUCAUCCAGCAUUAGCUGCUCAUGACCUCUCUGCCGAUUAUUCUACCAACAUUGCAUCCCUGAUUCGCAAUAACCUGCAUACCGAAGGAUGGCCUAAAUUUCAGCUCAAUUCAUCCGUGCCGAAUUUCGCGUUAAGCCUGGAGCAAAGGCGUAAGCAGUACGAAACUUUGGGCGUCAUAUUGAAACAGGAUCCUUUUUACCUGAGGGACUUAUCAUUUGUCGAAUUUCUUAUUGACUCAUUGAGAGGUGACUUGAGCGCUUUCCGAAUGACUAUUCAGGAAGCUUUGAACUCUUUGAAUCAACUUAUGAAAACACUCUCAGAAGAUUCUAAAAUCAGAAUAAAGGAAAUAGGAAGAAAAUUGCUAACAGACAAUUUCGAUCUUUACCAGGGAGAUACAGAUAACAAGGAUGCGUUAAUGUAUUGCCGAGGUGUUAUUAUCAAUUUUUUAAAUUCAGCUUUCCCUUUUCAAGACGCUGAGUCAAGAUUCCUGAAUAUUAUGGGAACAUUCAAAGAAAAUAGAUAUGACAUAAAGGAGGCGUCGUCCAAAGGCUUACAUCCUUAUUGGUUUCAAAUUGCACAUUCAGAUGGAGCAUCCAAAAGUGGUAAAAUGAAGCGAAUAGCAAGCGAUCAGUUCGACGAAAUUACAUUCCCCAAGACACAAGCCAUGCUCGAUCAGUUCAACACAGAAUUUAAAAAUCUUGCAACGGGAAGAAAUGACACCUUCAAGCAGAGCAUUGAUUUGGUAGCCAAAUUUAUACUAAGGAAUCUGGUCAGUGAAGCUACGGCUGGCAAAAAGACUUCAGUAGUUCAGGACGAGCACUGGCAGCUUCGCAUUGAAAGCUCCAUGCAAAUGGAUGGGAAGGUGCGUUCGCUGGUAGAACGUGGACUUGCUAAGAUUGAUUCGACUGUUUUCACACAGUUCCUUCGUUCAAUUAUAGCCGAGCUCGCUAAUGGAAGAUUUGUAACUGCCGACAAAAAAGCUGGCAGUGAGGAUAUUUCAUUCAGUUCGGCUGUAGUACUUUUUACGGAAUUUGCACAACCUGUGGUUCGUCAGAAGCUCUACAAUUUUCUUCCACAGUUAUAUGAACUUCUUGAUAAACACAAUUCCCUGCCUGACGACGAAAUUGACCGCAUAGGAAAGUUGUAUGGUACCAUUUUUGCUAGUUGUGCAGAUGAAAAUGACAUUUCCGUCAUUUUAAGUAAGACGGAUGUGCCGAUAGAGUCUUCAAGCUUUGUGCCUGCAAUUAUCUCUGCAUGCUACUCAGUCCCCCUUUGCAAUUUGCAAUGCAAGAAAAUGUGCGGCGAAGAUAUAUUAAGAUAUAUCACAAAGAUUAUGUCCGCGUUAGAAGUGAAAACUACACGAACUGUUUCCAUGAAAUGUAUGGGAACGCUCCUAAAAUUUGGGCUUUUGAAUUUAUUAGGCGAAAAGCAGAGAAAGGACAUUAUAGAAAGCUUGACGAAUAUACUACAGAAAAAUUCUUUAGGAGGCCGACAGUCAAUGAUGCUAUGGUCCCUUCUUUCCCUUUACGCAACAGAGCCUGCCACCGUGGAAGAGUACUUCGUAGCUUUGCAGUUGUCACACUCGUCUAAGGAAGUUGACUUGCAUUUCUAUACUGGGGAAGCCAUAUCAGUCUUAGCGAGUAGAUGGAAGUCAGACGUUCUUAUCUAUGAAGAUCGUCUAGAAGAGCACAUCAUUGAUAGUUUACAGUCUACUUUUGAUGACAGAUUUUCGGCUCCAAUCUUGUCAAAAUUGCUUGCCUUAUGCCAAAACCCAAAACCGUCUCUACGCAAAGCCGCAUGUAUUUGGCUGUUAUGCUUUGUGCAAUAUUCGAGGGAGUCAUGCGCUGUUCGUACCCUCGCGAAAGAAAUACAUCUGUGCUUCGUUCGCUUCCUUGCGGAAAGUGAUGAUUUUGUCCAAGACUCUGCAAGCCGAGGAUUAGGUCUUAUUUACGAGGUAAGUGGCAAGGAGCUUCAAGAUGACAUGUUAAAGGGCUUGUUGAAGUCUUUCAUAGACCCCGAAGCUACACUCAGUUUGACGAAUGGUACGAUAACAUCCGAAUCUCAACUAUUCGAACCGGGGUCGAUGAAUACUGGUGAAGGAUCACUGUCCACCUACAAAGAUAUUCUAAACUUAGCUAGUGAGGCUGGUGACCCAUCGAUGGUGUACAAAUUUAUGCCUCUUGCUAGAAACUCGGCUCUUUGGUCGUCUAGGAAGGGCGUUGCUUUUGGGCUUACAUCUAUCUUUUCCAAGAUCUCAUUGGAAGAGCUUUUGAGUAGUAACAAAAUGAGCACCCAAAAGCUGAUUCCCUUGCUUUUCAGGUACCGGUUCGAUCCCUACCGUAAUGUUGCCGACGCCAUGAACAAAAUUUGGCAGACUGUGGUUAAGAGCACUGCAGACACUGUAGCCGAAUAUCAUGACUCCAUACUAGAUAAUGUUCUUAAGGGUAUGGGUGCCAAAGAUUGGAGAGUAAGAGAAGCUAGUGGAUACGCUCUGAUAGAUCUUUUAGAAAAUAGCAAUGAAAAGGCCUAUCAAGAAAGUCUCGAAAUGAUUUGGACGAUGGCGUUUAGAACUAUGGACGAUAUAAAAGAGAGUGUACGCUCUGCCGGGCUAAAAUUGACGAAAAAACUCUCUAAAUCCUUAAUUCGUUCUGCCGCAAAAGGUAAUGGGCAAACUGAAGCAUCGCAACAAAUGCUAGAGAAGCUCAUACCUUUUUUUUUAGGUCCAAAAGGUCUCAACAGUGAUGCUGAAGAAGUUAAAAGCUUUGCGCUAGAAACUCUUGUUACGUUGAUAGAAGAGUCUGGAAGUGCUCUAAAGUCCUUUACGCCACUCCUGACUUAUGAAUUCCUUUUAUUGUUAUCACCACUAGAACCCCAAGCAAUCAACUACUUAACAAUGAAUGCCGACAAAUAUAAUACCAGCGCUUCUGCUGUUAAUGCUCAAAGGGCGUUGAGUAUUCAGGACUCGCCUCUUAUGAAGUCUAUUGAGAAACUACUAAACUUGUCCACCACCGACUCAAUACCGGAAGUGGUAGAGAGAGUUGUUCUUGCAUCUAAAAGAUCAAUCGGGCUUCCUUCCAAAGUGGGCGCUUCUAGAGCCAUAACUUUACUUGUCGCGCUUUAUCCAAAUGAUCUAACUCCCUAUGGUUCUAAGAUGUUGAAAGCUUGCUUUUCUGGUUUGAAUGAUAGGAGUGAUGCUAUUUCAGAAGCAUAUGCCACAUCUUUCGGCCGUGUUUGCAAAGUAUGCAAACCUGAAAAGGUGGUCAAGUACGGAGCUAAACUGAUCGACAAGUACUUCAAUGCAGAUGCAGAGGCGGAUCGAAUUUUAACGGGAUUGGCUGUAGAAUCAACUUUCAAGUAUUCUCCAGCAAUGUUUGAAAGUAUUGCUUCUAUAUUUUUGCCCUUUAUUUUCAUUGCGAAACAUGACGUUGAAAAGGUGUCCGAGGUUUUUACAAGAUUAUGGGAUGAAGCCACGUCGUCAGGUUCUGGAAGUGUUAAGCUCUAUCUUGCAGAGAUUAUUACCUUGUCAAAUCAAAAUUUAAAGUCUCAGGACUUCAACACGAGAUUAACGUGUGCAAAAAGCAUAUGCGAUGUUUGUUCAUAUACCAACUCGGACACACCAGAAGAGUUAGUAAAUCGUUUGCUAUCAGCUAUGCUUGAAUCAUCAACGGGACGUACGUGGCAAGGAAAAGAUGUGGUGAUCGACACACUAAUAACCUUGGCGACUAAAUUCAAAUCCAAUUUGCAGGCAAACCCUGAGCAAAAAGCUGCGCUUGAAAAAAGGCUUGUCACAGAGCUAUCGAAAGACAAUCACAUCUAUGUUCGAAAAAUUCUGCCGCGCUACAUGUCAUUUAUAGCAGAGUUCCCUCAAUCUGAACUUCUUGAGAAAGGGUUAGAAGCGGCUAGAGAAAUCGUUUUGAAAAUUGACAAUGGCGGAACUGACCUCGAUUCUGAAGAUAAUGAGAGUGAUCUCACUUAUAAGAAACAAAGGCUUGCAUCCAGCCUCACUCGCAAGUCUCAAAAAGAGAACAUUUCCAGCGAAGAAUAUAAAAUUAAACUGGUCAAAACCAGUGCGGGUGCUUUGGAGGCCUCUAUGCAGGUACAAAAGUUGACUGAGCUUUUGGAGUUUAUAACCGCAACAUCGAUGGGGUUAUUUGAAUCUAAAAGUGUCGUUAACACGUGGAGAAGUCAAACAGCUGUAUCCGACAUCGGCUUGCUACUGUUGAAGUCGAAUACUGAUAUUUCGAAUAAGCAAUUGGUAGAGUCUUUGCGGAAACUAUGGGCUAAAUCGUUUCAAGAGGCCAUCAAACCAGACUCUAUUGAAAGUGUCAAAAUUCAAAUGAUAAGAUUUGGUAAAGAGUUAAGGAACAAUAAACUGGCCUUUGAUUUUGUGGUGGAAAAUAAUUUAAGGGAGCUUUUUCUCUCAGAUCCCUCAUCCAAAGUUGUUGUGGAGCUAAAUAAUGCAGGUAUCAUGUAA